AAUUACUCUUCUUCUCUUCACAGACGACCGCCCCCAAACCUAAAAAGAAAACCUUUCUUCUCUCUCUGAACUCAGUGUUUCUCUCUCUAAAUUCGAAUGGAAGACGACGACGAAUUUGGAGAUCUCUACACAGACGUGUUACGGCCUUUCUCUUCGUCUUUAUCCUCCGAUCCGUCGCCUCAUCAUCCUUCUCCUGCUUCAGCACCGUCUAUUCACCGUCCGAUUGAUCUCAAUCUUAACAACAACGAUGAUGUUCAUGACGAUGAGAUCUUAACCGUCUCUAAUUCUGCCCAGAACAAUAAUUCGAUCUCUGCUGAAAAUAAUAUUAAUAACGAUAGUAAUAACAAUAAUUCAGUUAGGGUUUUGAGUUCCUCUCUUGAUGUGAAAUUGCAAAACAAUCCUCCUUCAAAUAAAGGGGAUUUAGUUGAUAUGCAGUCAGAUAAGCAGGAUAAAGAUAUCAGUUUUGAUAUUGAAGAAGAGGAAGAGGAGGAGAAUCCGAUAAUCCCGGGACUCACGGUUGAAGCUGACGUCAACGACAAGAGGAGGAAUGAAGAAGCUGCUAACGUUGCUGGUGAAGAUUUGGAGGAUGAAGAUAGUGAUAGUGAAGAUGAUUUGCAAAUUGUGUUGAAUGAUAAUGGGCCCACGGGGAUGGAAAGAGGAGGAGGAGGAGGGAUGAUUGGUGGUGAUGAGGAUGAUGACGACGACGACGACGACGAUCCGCUCGUGAUUGUGGCUGAUGGAGACGCGAAUCAAGCCAUGAUGGAGGAACAAGAUUGGGGCAGUGUGGGAGAAGAUGCUGCUGCAGCGACAGGAGCAGAGGGGGAAAGGAAGGAAGGUGGUGGAGAGACAGCUGGUGGAAAAGGAGGGAAUGUGAUUGCAGGACCGAAGAUUGGGUAUAGCAAUCACGUGUAUCACCAUCCGUUUCAUUCUCAGUUUAAGUAUGUGAGACCUGGUGCAGCGCCGAUUCCUGGAGCUACUACUGCUGGUCCUGGGGGAGCCCCAGGUCAAGUUCGUCCUCCUAUCAACAUGGCUCCUAUAGCUGGUCGUGGUAGGGGUGAUUGGCGUCCAGCAGGAAUGAAAAAUGGUCCUCCAAUGCAGAAGGGUUACCAUCCUGGUUUUGGAAUGCCUUGGGGUAAUAACAUGGCAGGGCGGGGCUUUGGCGGCGGGCUGGAAUUCACCCUUCCAUCACACAAGACCAUAUUUGAUGUUGAUAUUGAUAGUUUUGAGGAAAAGCCAUGGAAAUAUCCUGGUGUGGAUAUGUCAGACUUUUUCAACUUUGGUUUGAAUGAGGAGAGCUGGAAAGACUAUUGCAAACAACUGGAACAACACCGAUUGGAGACUACCAUGCAAAGCAAAAUUCGUGUUUAUGAGAGUGGGCGGGCAGAGCAGGAAUAUGAUCCAGAUUUGCCACCAGAAUUAGCAGCAGCAGCAGGUAUGCAUGAUGUUCCAGCUGAAAAUUCAAAUCUUGGGAAGUCAGAUGUCGGACAAAGUGAUUUGACAAAAGGACCUGCUCGUAUGCGACCACCACUACCAACUGGAAGAGCAAUACAAGUUGAAGGAGGCUACGGUGAACGCCUUCCCUCUAUUGAUACUCGGCCACCUCGAACUCGUGAUUGUGAUGUCAUCAUUGAGAUUGUCUUGCAGGACUCUUUAGAUGAUGAUUCCUCUUCAGGAAAUGGUGGUUUGGAUGGAGAAAAUGGUGAUCCACCCAGUGAUGACUUCAGAGAAAGUCAUGUGCAUGACGAUGAGAUGGUGCAGAUAGAAACUGACCAUUAUGAUAAUGAUCUUUCACAAGGUUAUGAUGGUCGAAAGGAUGGGAGAAAGGCACCAGUUGUUGAUUCUGGUCGAAUUAACAUACCCGAGGGAGAUGGAAUGUUGCCCUUCCGUCAUGGUUCACCUUCUCAAAAUCGUCCUGGUUCUAGGGGGCAACGUGUUUCGUUAUCUGGUGGGGAUUUCUGUCCCCCUGAUGAGGAAAGGCGGAGACAGGGAAGAAUGCGUGAUAGCUCUCCUGAUUCUACUCCUAGUCAGAUUACACGUGAUAAAAGAUUCCUUGAUAAUGUUGAGGAAGAAUCAGUUGAAAGCAUGGAUGGUAAACACAGUCCGCUGGUAUCUUCUCCCACGGCUGUUAGGGAUGCAAGGGACCUGAGUGCGGAGGACAAAGAUGUUGCUGUGUCUGGUGAGCCUGUGCUCGCUGAGGUAAGUUCUGGAAUGGAAAGGGAUGAGAUGAAUGAGAAUGAAGUAACCACAAAAGAUAGCAUAAAGGAUGGAGAUGUGUGUCAUUCCACGAAGAAGCAAAAGCUGAACUCUCAUGUUGGACAGUCUGCAUUGCAAGAAGUUGAUGACGGAGAGGAUUCAAAGGCUGCAAGAAGCAGUGAAAACAGCAAAGCCAGAUCAGGUAGUAGCAAAGAUUAUCAGAAAUGGCAGGAUAGUGUUGAGGAGGAAGUUAUGCAAGAUGGUCGCACUAGAGACAGUGGAACCAUCAAGAGGCCUGUUGAGGAAAAUGAAUCAAGUAUCCGAAGAAAGGAACGUGAUGUAAGGCAAGAGAUGGAAAGAAAUCACAUGGCAAGAAAAGGCAGGGAGGGUUCUUAUCCUCAAAGAGAUUUGGACACUACCUUGGCACAUCACCCUCAUGUGAGAAAUGAGGGAUAUGACAGGCACAAGGAAAGAGAGAAUCCUGAUGGAGCUUGGCUGCGGAGAGAGGAAGAUCAACAAAGCAGAAAAAGUAGACCUGAAGAAUCAAGGAAGAGAGAACGGGGAGAAGAAAUGGCAUCAAGGCACAGAAGUAAGAUUCGGGAAGGGGAGAGGAGUGACAAAGAGGAGCAUCUUCAUUCAAGAAAACAGUUGGACAAUGGUAACUAUAGGAUCCAUUAUGAUAAAGAUGGUAGCUCCCGGCAUAGGGAAAGAGAGGAUACUUUGAAGAUUAGGUAUGAUAUUGUGGAUGAUUACCAUAGCAAGAGAAGGAAAGACGAAGAAUAUGUAAGGAGAGACCACACAGACAAAGAGGAGAUGUUGCAUGGCCACAGAGAAACCACAAGUCGUCGAAGGCGAGAAAGGGAUGAGGUUUUGGACCCUAGGAAGAGAGAGGAUCAACAGAGAGUUAGAGAUAGUCUUGAUGAUUAUCACUCUGUUAGGCACAAAGAUGAGCUCUGGCCCCAGAGGGAAAGGGGUGACAGGCAACGGGAGAGGGAGGAAUUGUAUAGGCUAAAACAGUCCCACGAAGAAAACCUGUCAAAACGAGAAAAAGAAGAAGGACGAGGUACUGCAAGGACUGGACGUGGUGCAGAUGAUAAAGCAUGGAUCAAUUAUGCUAGGAAGGAUGAAUUCAGAGGCUCUGAAAAAGAGUACCAAUUAAAAGAUGCAGCUCGAAACAGCGAACAGCAAAAGAGAAGAGAUAGAGUGGAGGAUGAAGGUUACUCACAUCAUAGGGCACGGGAUGAUGUUUAUGCACGAACAAAUCAACUUAAUGAGGAGAGAAGAUCUAGGCAAGAAAGAUCAAGCAUUCGUAUUGAUCGUGCUGUUCACACACCUGAUAAACAAAGGGUGAAUGAUAGAAAACAUAAAGAUAACAUGAGGAAGAAUAAAGAAUCUGAGGGUGGAGAUCGCAGCACUUUGGGCCCUUCCAAAAGAAAUCAAGAGGAUCAGAGUGGUCACACUGGUGAGAUGGGGUUAAAGGGAUCUGCUGAGCAAGGAAAUGGGGAAAACAUGGCAAUGCAACGUAAUUCUUCCAAAAGACACAAGGAAGACGCAUCCUCAGAUGAGGAACAGCAAGAUUCAAGGAGAGGACGGUCGAAGUUGGAACGUUGGACAAGCCAUAAGGAGAGAGAUUACAGUAUCAACAGCAAGUCAUCAGCUUCUUUGAAGUUUAAGGAGAUAGAUAGGAAUAACAACAGUGGACCUUUAGAAGCCAACAAACCUCUCGAAGAACAGCCAGAGGCUAUUCAUGCUGUUGAGAAGCAUCCCUUGGCUGAAGAGAGAGAUGCUAGUAAUGUGGAGAAUAAGGAUAAUGAUACAAAACCGUUGGAGGAUUGGCACCUAGACACGGUAGAGAAGUUGAAGAAACGAAGUGAGCGCUUCAAGCUUCCAAUGCCAAGUGAAAAGGAUGCCUUGGUAGUGAAGAAAAUGGAGAGUGAAGCACUGCCUUCUGUCAAAACUGAUACGCCUGUGGACUUGGAGAUCAAACCAGAACGACCAGCCCGCAAACGAAGGUGGAUUAGUAGCUAAAAGUGGAAAUCAUCAAAAACUUUAAUGCGUGCAAUUGCUUAUGUCAGCAAGGAAGUUAGUAGUUCGCCGGAAUCUUUACUGUAUCACCCGGAAGAUCUUGCCAUGUACCUCAGUUCUUGAUAUUAAAUAAUCUUGUAAGCAUACUUAUUUAGAUGCGAUGUGCACAUACUAACAGAUGUAACAUUGAACUUGACACCUUAUGGUGGCACAGAAUUGCAUUUUAGUGUCCAUUUGAAUUGGUUUGCUCAGAUUGAAAUCUGGAGGGUAUCCAUUGCCAGACCUGCAAAUGUUGCAAAUAGGAUGCUUGCCAUGUGAGAACCAAGUGCUGUAUGAGGCAAGACACAAGCAUCUUCCAGUGGAGAUGGGUGUUUGAAGUUGAAAGAAGCAAAUACUUAUGUUGCUGGACCGAAGCAACAAUACGAUUUUCUGUAUCUGUAGAAAAAUAUCAUCAAAAUAGUUAUGGACUUGUGAAACUACUAUAAGAUUGUCUGUACCUUUUCUUUUUUUGAAUCUUUUCUGUUGUAGCUUCCCUUAGGGCGGGAAGCUGGGGCCACAUGCAUCCUUUUUGUAUCUUAGGUCCGAGUUGAAUUACAGAGUUGAAAAGGGAAUACAUUUAGCCACGCCUUGCUGUACAAAUUACUUGUAAAAGACCCAAAAUAUUUAUGUUCUUCGCCAUUCGUCUUCA